GAACGGCGCAAUCGACGGUAGUGCUUUCCGUUCGCGAUGAUAGGCGUUACUAUAGCCCUGUCCCUCUGUGUAUACUUCUUGAAGAGUUACUAUGACAGCAUAAACAAAAGACCAGACAACUUCCCGCCAGGUCCAAUAAGUUGGCCGCUCUAUGGAGCAUACUUCACGCUGUUCUUCAAGAAACUCGACGACCUAAGCGGUGCUCUAAGGAAGUUUGCCUCAGAGUACAGGACCAAAAUACUGGGUUUCUACUUGGGGCCGUUCAUAUCUGUUGUGGUGGAAGACCCAGAGCUCAUCAAGGAGGUUCUCAACCGCGAGGAGUUCGAUGGAAGGGUUGAUACGAUUCUAGCAAGAUUAAGAAGCUUCUGGAAAAAACUAGGUAUUUUCUUCACCGACGGCUACUUUUGGCACGUCCAACGAAGGUUCUCGUUACGUUACUUAAGAGACUACGGCUUUGGUCGACGCGAUGAGAGCUUGGAGACGGUGAUUUCUAGAGAAGUGUCGGAGAUGAUCGACAUGGUCGUCAGCGGUCCACAGAAUGAUGCUGAGAAAGAGCUAGUCAAAGGGGAUCUCAUAUACCUUCAGCACUACUUCGACGCGCCGUUCGUCAACGGCCUGUUCCAUAUAUUCGCCAGGUUUACCUUCCCCCGCUCCGCCUACCAUCUCAUAUGGAAGCUCGCGAAGAAAGUGCUCAUGUUCCAAAGAAACUCCAACGACUUCGGUGGCGCUCUAGUUCUUACACCAUGGCUGAAAGAUGUGAUGCCAAAAAUUUCUGGCUACGCCUACCUGAAGGAAGGAAACGAUGCCCUGCUGGACUUAUUUAAAAAAUUGAUUGACGAGAAUCUCGCCGACCAUGACGAAUCCUAUGACCGCCAUUUCCUCGACGUAUACCUGAGGAAGAUGAAAGAAGAGAGAAGAACUAACGAGCGAACUACGUUCACUGAGGAGCAACUGCAGCUGAUCUGCACGGACUACAUGUUCCCGACGGCGUCUGCGGGCCAGGCGACCCUCACCUUCCUGAUAGAGAGGAUGCUGCUGCAGCCCGAGAUCCAGGACAAGAUCCACGAGGAGCUGGACAGAGUCGUCGGCCGUGACAGGCUGCCCAACUUAGACGAUAGACAAAGGUUGCCUUAUACGGAGGCUUGUCUGCGCGAAAUCAUGCGGUAUGAGACAUUGGUGCCGCUGGGCAUCCUCCACCGAGCCAUGGUAGAUACCAAAUUGGGCGGAUACGACAUUCCAGAGAAUACAGUAGUGGCUGUGAACCUAACGAGUCUACACCAUAACAAGGAGCUUUGGGGGGACCCGGAGAACUUCAGACCUGAGAGGUUCCUUGAAGACGGAAAACUUUGUGUGAGGAAAGACAAGUCGCUACCGUUUGGUGCAGGUCACAGACUGUGUGCAGGCGAGACGUACGCCCGGCAGACGAUGUUCCAAGUCUUCAGCGGGUUCAUGCAGGCCUUCGAAGUGUCCACCGCUGACGGGAAACCACUCAAGAAGCCUUUCAGAAGAAUACAGGGCAUCAUCACCACCGUCCCCGAGUUCUGGGUCCGCGUCACUCCGAGAUCGUAACUUACUAAUGGCCGCGGUACUCAGAGACAUUUAA